ACGGCAAAGAGAUGAGGCGAUGGGCUAACACGGGUACAUUUUCACAAUGUUUCUGUUUCUUCCUGACAUUAGUUUCGCUUCCUACAGGGAAAAUGAUUCUGACCCAACCGUGUUCAGACUGUUGGACCUUUUACUCGACUGAAGCUCUCCUAAACGCUAUCGUUAUGGCUGAAUUGGUGUGUUGCUAAAUGUCUGCUUUGUUUCGGUGAUUUUAUGUGAGGUCGGGGAAGUAGCCUAAACGGGACAUGUUAAUAGGGCGGGCCUUCAAUGAUGUUGCUCCCAUGAGACCUUCUGGGCAGAAAAUUUUGACUUUACACCGCGAGCUGCUCGUGGACCAGGUGAAAAAUACCCAGUGUAUCUUGGACAACCUUCUGUCUAGCGGGUUCGUUUGUAAUGAGGAUGUCGAAAUCAUACAGCGGUGCACCACUAAAACAGACCAGGUGCGCCAAAUUUUGGAAUUGGUACAGAGCAAAGGGGAGGAGGCCUCUUUAUAUUUCAUCCACAUUCUCCAUGAAGCCUAUGAUGCAUACAUUGACCUCAGACCCUGGUUCAAGGACAUCGAGUACAAACCUUCGGAAUUUGUUCAGCAAAUACCAGUGGUUAAUACAGACCCGAUUAGCAAGUACUGUGAGAAGCUGAGGCAUGACUUGGGCUGCGACACACGCUUCAUCACCUCGUACUCCCAACGAGAGGAGACCCUGCUGGAGGAGCUCUACACGGACACCCAGAUGGAGAUCCUCAAUGACCGCAACGAGAGCCUAGGAUACCUGGACAGCCUGGAUGAACUGUUAGGGGACAAUGGCGUGUUGAACAAGGACGCAGAGACCAUCUUUGUCACAGGAGAUGCUGGUGUGGGCAAGUCCAUGAUGCUGCAGAAGCUCCAGAACCUCUGGUCCAAAAGGGAGCUGAACACCAGGGCAAAGUUCUUCUUCAAGUUCCGCUGCCGAAUGUUCAGCGCUUUCAAGGAGACAGACGAGAUCUCCCUUAAGGAUCUCAUUUUCAAGCACAACUGCUACCCAGACAUGGACCACGAUAAUGAGGUUUUCCGUUACAUCCGGAGAUUCCCAGAGACCGUCAUAUUCACCUUUGAUGGCUACGAUGAGAUCCACAGCGACUUUGACCUGUCAAACGUCCCAGAGGUGGUCUCGCCUGAGGAAAGAACCCACCCGCUGCUGGUUCUCAUGAACCUAUUGUGUGGCAAACUCCUCAAAGGCUCCCUGAAGGUGCUGACAGCCCGAACUGGCACAGAGGUGCAGAGCAAAGUUAUCCGGAAGAGGGUCGUCCUCAGAGGCUUCUCUCCAGAUCACCUGCAAAGGUACACAGCUCUGCACUUCCCUGACCGAGAGCACUUGGCCCUGGUCACCGUGCAGCUGGAUGCCAGUCCCCAUCUUGGCAGCCUCUGUUCAAUCCCCCUGUUCUGCUGGAUCAUCUUCAAGAGCUUCAAGCACCUCCAGUCGGUGUAUGACGACUUUGAGCUGCAGGGUUUCUGUGUGACCCUCACCAGUGUCUUUCUCCUUCUGUCGGAGGUCUUCCUCAGUCGCUCCUCAUCUCCGGGCCUGCUGAAGAGGAGCACCAGGUGCACGGCUGACACUUUCCGGACGGGCAGCAGUAUGUUGGCAGCCUUUGCCCGUCUGGCCCUCUUAGGCAUGGUGGAGAACAGGUUUGUGUUCCAGCAGGAGGAUGUGAUGUCUUGCGGAUUGGAGGAGGAUGACUUGCAGAUUGGGUACCUCAGGCCAAUCAGCCAUUACGAUGCCUGUGGAAGUCCGACUACCUUCGAGUUUCUCCACGUCACCCUGCAGUCCUUCCUGGCUGCCUUUUCUUUGGUGCUGGACAAGGACACUGAGCCCACAGAGAUUCUGAAGUUUUUCGCCCAGUGUGAGUACAGAAAGAGUUACCGUUUCCCCUGUGUGUCCUGUCUGGGCAAGUCUCGUCCGAGAGACAAGGAUCCCUUCCAGAACAACGAGCAUCUGCAGUUCAUCAACCUGUUCCUGUGCGGCCUCCUGUCAAAGCGAAACGUGGCUCUGCUGGAGCACCUGGUCCCGCCACUCUCCCUGAAGAAGAAGCGAGCCAUGCUCAAGUCCUACCUGUCCAACAGUGUGAAGCUGCACCUCCGCAGCCUUCCCCGCUUCAAGUCGGAGAAGGAGGGAACUAAGGUUCACGGCAUGUCCAACUUCCUGUGGAUGGUGCGGUGCAUCUUUGAGACAAACAGUGAGGAAGUGGCUCGGCUGACUGCCAAGGGGAUAUCGGCAGACUACCUCAAGCUGGCCUUCUGUAACAUCUACUCAGCCGACUGCAGCGCUCUCAACUUUGUGCUGCAUCAUCAUCGCAAGUGCCUCGGAGUGGACAUGGACAACAAUAACAUCAGUGACUAUGGAGUGAAGCAGCUCAGACCAAGCUUCAGAAAAAUGACGGUAGUGCGGCUGUGUGUCAAUCAGAUCACAGACAGCAGCAUUGAGGUUCUUGCAGAGGAGCUGAUUCGGUACAAAGUAGUUACAGUUCUGGGGUUGUACAAAAACCAAAUAACCGAUGCAGGUGCCAAACUGGUUGCCCAGAUCAUUGAGGAGUGUCCUCGGCUCCAUACACUAAAGCUUGGCCUCAACAAAAUCACUGGCGUCGGUGGAAAGUACCUUGCCUCUGCUAUAAAAAAGAGCAAGUCUAUAUUUGACGUAGGUAUGUGGGGAAACACCAUUGGGGAUGAGGGAGCGGAGGCCUUCGCUGAGGCUUUGAAGAAUCACACAAGCCUGACCAACCUCAGCCUCUCUGCUAACGGGAUCACUGGACAGGGAGGAAGAUACAUAGCUAAAAUGCUAAAAGAGAACUCAAGCCUUCACAUCUUCUGGCUGAUUGGGAACAACAUUUCGGAUGAAGCAGCGUCUGAUCUUUCAGAGGCCAUCAAGAUGAACAAAGGACUCACUCAUGUCAUGUUGAUUGAUAACCAGUUCACUGUGGGUGGAGCCAGACUCUUGGCAGAGGGCCUGUCUCAUAACACAACACUAAAGGAGAUCAACCUAAAGGGAAACCUUGUCUCUGAGGAGGAAGAGAAACAGUUUGUCGCAGAACCAAGGCUUCGAUUCAGCUGAGGAACAGACCACAUUAACACACAGAGCUAAACUGGCAAAGGGGCAGGUCGGCUGACCACAUCUCGCCCACAGUAUCAGUUCACACUGUGAAGAAAACGAUUUUAUAUACUCGUAGGGCCGGUUUCCUGUACACGUAUUAAGCCUAGUCCUAGAGUAGACUAAAUACGUAUUUUCAAUGGAGAUCAUUGCUGACAUUCUCUUUUUGUCUAGGACUGUUGGUUAAAUCAGUGUACAGGAGACGGGACCAUGUUGUAUUACGCUAUUGGAUACACAGUUGAAAAGAUUGACUGAUUGGAUGUGUAAUCGAAUCAAACAUGCCUUCAGUGAUGUGUUGCAGCUUGCAUAAUUAUUUUGCACUUUUUUAACUUUAUAUCUUUCUGUCUUACUCUUACCGGUGAAGUAUGUUUUUCCUGCUACGAAAAUGAUGUGAAAUAAUGUUAGUCAUGAAAAUAAACACACCCAAACAUA